CAACUCGUAAGUCUAUUUCCUCCCGAGGCGGAGGCGAGAGCGAUCGAGAGAGGAGGAGGCGACGAUGGCGGACUACCACUUCGUGUACAAGGACGUUGAGGGAGCGAGCACGCAGUGGGACGACAUCCAGCGGCGCCUCGGCAACCUGCCGCCUAAGCCUGAGCCCUUCAAGCCCGCGCCCUUCUCUCCCGCCGACGACCCCGACCUCGCCCCCAAAUCUAAGGCCUGGAUCGACGACCGCACCCCCGCCGAACUCGACGAACUCGAGGACGAUCCCGAACUCGAUGACGACCGCUUCCUCCAGGAGUACAGGAAGCGGAGGCUGGCGGAGAUGCGGGAGGUGGCAAAAGUUGCUCGUUUCGGGUCAGUGAUGCCUAUCUCAGGCUCGGAUUUUGUCCGGGAGGUGUCGCAGGCACCCGCAGAUGUCUGGGUCGUUGUAUUGCUCUACAAGGACAGUAUACAAGAUUGCGGGUUACUCCUAUGUUGCCUGGAAGAGCUUGCUACGAAGUACCCAGCUACCAAGUUUGUUAAGAUAAUCUCCACGGAGUGCAUUCCGAAUUACCCAGAUAGAAACCUUCCAACCAUUUUGGUGUACAACAAUGGUGCUGUCAAAGGAACUUAUGUGGGGUUGCAUCAAUUUGGCUCCCGGAGAUGUACACCUGAAGCUGUCGCUUUAGCCCUUUGCCAAUCUGACCCGGUGCUCAAUGAUGGACAAACUGGAAGUAGUUCGACGGAGGGCAUCAUAAGGGGAGUUCAGAAGAGAUUCAUAGAGAAGUUUGUAGCUGAUCACGAAGAGAAAGAGGAUGAUGACUACAGUGAUUAGCUUGAACCUUUUUCCUAGGCAUUUCUGCUACAAAGUACUUAGAAAAGCUUUGUCAUGUGUGGUUUGCAACAAGAGGUUCUGAAUUAAUUACCUGUUAAACUUAAUUUUGGAUUUCAUCCAUUCGGAGUCUGUCUGUCAGCCUGUAAAAUUUAAGAAACCCUAGCAUGCGGAGAGGGUAAAAUGGGAUUUGCAUUGAAGAGGUAGCUUGCAUCUCUGGUAACUGGUGCAAACUUGAAUUUCAUCCUCCACCUUGCAUGAAGAGGCUUUCUCUUUCUUCUUUGGUUAGGUUUUGUUUUACAUGUGAAUGCCUUGAAUGCAUGUACUUACAAAAGGUUUCUUCAGUACUUAGCUAUGUAAACUGCAUGAGAACCUCUGUUUGGCUUCUAUUUUAUCACAUGAGAUAGUUAUUUGUUUA